AGCCUCCUUCUCCCCUUUCCCCCUCCCCCCCACGUGCUGACCACCUGCUCGAAGGGCGGUAGCAGCUGAGAAGGUCUCCCCACCACAGACGGCCACUCGGGCUCCCGGCUUCAGGCUCCCGCCCCUCGGCUCCCGGCAACCUCGCCUUUGCUAAUGGGCCUUAAUGCCCCUGCCAGCUGCUUUGCCAAACCCACAAGAUUGGAAGAGAGCAGGGGCGCAGCGGCGGCCAGAACCGCGCCCCCGCCCCUAAAGCCGAGCCGCUCGCGCUCCAGGACGCCGGUGUCUCUUCUUUCCCCCUCCCCUUCCUUGCGGAAAGCGCCUCGUCACCGCUUCUGCCCGCCCCCGCCUGGCUGGGAGAAUCUUGAGGGCGGACCCAGGAAGCCUGAGCAGCAUCUGCCCCCAGCCCCCUGUGGGGCCCUGGGGCGCCCUGAGACCUCCAGGACGGAGCCAGACGGGGCGGGCACCAUGAACAAGUUACGCCAGAGCCUGCGGCGGAGGAAGCCAGCCUACGUGCCCGAGGCCUCGCGCCCACACCAGUGGCAGGCGGACGAGGACGCCGUGCGCAAGGGCACCUGCAGCUUCCCGGUCCGGUACUUGGGCCACGUGGAGGUGGAAGAGUCCCGAGGGAUGCACGUGUGUGAAGAUGCUGUGAAAAAGCUGAAGGCGAUGGGUCGCAAGUCCGUGAAGUCUGUCCUGUGGGUGUCAGCCGACGGGCUCCGAGUGGUGGAUGACAAGACCAAGGACCUGCUGGUUGACCAAACCAUUGAAAAGGUCUCCUUCUGUGCUCCUGACCGCAACCUGGACAAGGCGUUCUCCUACAUCUGCCGCGACGGGACCACCCGGCGCUGGAUCUGCCACUGUUUCCUGGCGCUCAAGGACUCGGGCGAGAGGCUGAGCCACGCCGUGGGCUGCGCCUUCGCCGCCUGCCUGGAGCGGAAGCAGCGGCGGGAGAAGGAGUGCGGGGUCACGGCGGCCUUCGACGCCAGCCGCACCAGCUUCGCGCGCGAGGGCUCCUUCCGCCUGUCGGGGGGCGCGCGCCCGGCCGAGCGGGAGGCCCCGGACAAGAAGAAAGCAGAGGCAGCCGCUGCCCCUGCUGCAGCUCCAGGCCCUGCCCAGCCAGGACACGUGUCCCCAACACCAGCCACCACAUCCCCUGGUGAGAAAGGCGAGGCAGGUACCCCAGUGGCUGCAGGCACCACUGCCGCUGCCAUCCCCCGGCGCCAUGCCCCUCUGGAGCAGCUGGUUCGCCAGGGCUCCUUCCGUGGAUUCCCAGCGCUCAGCCAGAAGAACUCACCUUUCAAACGGCAGCUGAGCCUGCGGUUGAAUGAGCUGCCAUCCACGCUGCAGCGCCGCACUGACUUCCAGGUGAAGGGCACAGUGCCCGAGAUGGAGCCUCCCGGGGCCAGUGACAGUGAUGGCAUCAACGCUUUGUGUACACAGAUCAGCUCAUCUUUUGCCAGUGCUGGGGCGCCAGCAACAGGGCCACCCCAGGCCACCACAGGGACAUCUGCCUGGGGCGAGCCCUCUGUGCCCCCUGCAGCUGCCUUCCAGCCCGGGCAUAAGCGGACACCCUCAGAGGCUGAGCGGUGGCUGGAGGAGGUGUCCCAGGUGGCCAAGGCCCAGCAGCAGCAGCAGCAGCAGCAGCAACAGCAGCAGCAGCAGCAGCAGCAGCAGGGGGCCUCAGUGCCCCCCAUACCAACCAUACCCCCCACCCUGCAGCCCUUCCCUGCCCCCAUGGGGCCCUUCGACACGGCACCUGCCCAGGUGGCCAUGUUCCUGCCACCCCCACACAUGCAGCCCCCUUUUGUGCCUGCCUACCCAGGUCUGGGCUACCCGCCCAUGCCCCGGGUGCCCGUGGUGGGCAUCACGCCCUCACAGAUGGUGGCCAACGCCUUCUGCUCGGCUGCCCAGCUCCAGCCCCAGCCGGCCACCCUGCUCGGAAAAGCUGGGGCCUUCCCGUCCCCUGCUGCACCCAGUGCCCCUGGGGGUCAGACUCGCCCACGCCCCAGCGGGGCCCCCUGGCCUCCUGAGCCAGCACCCGCCCCGGCCCCUGAGCUGGACCCCUUUGAGGCCCAGUGGGCGGCAUUAGAAGGCAAACCUGCUGUAGAGAAGCCUUCCAACCCCUUCUCCGGUGACCUGCAGAAGACCUUCGAGAUUGAACUGUAGCCUGAGCUGCCCCUGCCCACCCCAUCAUCCCUGGGUGCCCCACACCUGGGAGUGGAGGUACAACCCCUCCCCUGGUCCUACUCCCUGGAGCUGGUCCCCCAACAUCCCCUCUAACCCCUUCCCUCUACCACCCCUGACAACCACUACAGAACCAACAUUGUGAGGCCCAGGUUGCGACUCGAUGGACUUCAGGGACGGACCCAGCCUGGCUGAGGGACCCAUUUCCCUGCCAGACUUAGCCUGGCAGUGCCCCCUUCCCCCCACCAAGACACAGGGAUUGCCACAAUCCCACUGAAGGCCCUCAGUUCAGGCUACAUUUCCCGGUUUCUGUUACUGACCUUCCACCUACCAGUGCUGGGCAGGAUGGAGGAGGGAUGCCCACUGAGGGGCGCUCCUGGGCCCCACUCAAGUGCCCGCCCCAAGUCUGGCCACCCCUCCCGGCCCCCAAACACAGCACAAGCUAAGGGCUUCCCUCUGCCCACCGCUGCGUUCACUGCCAAGGCUGUGCUCACCCUCAUCGCCCGCCCCCCUUUCUGGGGCCCACAUCUUCCUUGGGCCAAGGUCUCAUGGGGGCAGGGGCCAAGCUGGGGGCCCUGGAGGAGG